AUGAAGGUCUUUUCCUCAACCUGUACCUUCGACUACUCAUGGGAUGAGGUCUCGACGGCCAACUGGCGCAAAUAUUGUCCUUGGAACGACAAAGUCACCCAUGUCGUGGGUGUAGACACUCUCUCGCGGACAAUAGACUCGAAGACUGGUAUCUUGCGAACUGAGCGUCUCAUCACAUGCAACCAGUCCGUCCCACAAUGGGUCUCUUCGCUCUUUGGUGGAAGUGCCACCUCGCACGUCUAUGAAGUUUCCUAUGUGGACCCGGCCUCCAAGAAAGUCACCAUGUGCUCUACCAACCUUACCUGGUCCAACGUCCUAAGCGUCCGUGAAACUGUGGUAUAUCGGCCAUCAUCCACCUCUCCUACUACGAAUACCGAUUUCACUCAAGAGGCCCAGAUCACCGCCCUAUGUGGCGGUUGGCAAAAGAUUAAGAACAAGGUCGAGGAGGCAAGUGUCGAAAGAUUCCGCGAAAAUGCCAAGCGUGGCCGAGAAGGCUUUGAAACCGUGCUCGAGAUGAGCCGUCGCGUAUUCGGUGAACAGCGCGACCUUGAAAAACACAUGCAGUAA